UUGGGGGCCUUCCCUUCGAACCCCCCACCCCACAUUCUCCGAGCCCGCCCGCCCUCGCUUAUGCCUCGGCGCUGAGCUGCUCUCUGAGUGCCCGCCGACAUGAGCUGCAACGGAGGCUCUCACCCGCGGAUCAACACGCUGGGCCGCAUGACCCGCGCGGAGUCCGGUCCCGACCUGCGCUACGAGGUGACCUGCGGCGGCGGCGGCGGUGGGGGCGGCGGCGGCGGCGGGGGCACCAGCAGGAUGUACUACUCCCGGCGCUGCACGGUCACCGACCAGAACUCGGACGGCUACUGUCAAACUGGGACGAUGUCCAGGCACCAGAACCAGAACACCAUCCAGGAGCUUCUCCAGAACUGCUCGGACUGCCUGAUGCGGGCAGAGCUGAUCGUGCAGCCGGAGCUGAAAUACGGAGAUGGAAUACAGCUGGCUCGGAGCAGAGAACUGGAUGAGUGCUUCGCCCAGGCCAAUGAUCAGAUGGAAAUUACCGAUAGCUUGAUCAGAGAGAUGCGACAGAUGGGCCAGCCGUGUGAUGCUUAUCAGAAAAGACUGCUGCAGCUCCAGGAGCAGAUGCGAGCCCUUUAUAAAGCCAUCAGUGCCCCUCGAGUCCGAAGGGCCAGCUCCAAGGGUGGUGGAGGGUACACCUGUCAGAGUGGCUCUGGCUGGGAUGAAUUCACCAAGCGCGUCACCAGUGAAUGUCUGGGGUGGAUGAGGCAGCAGAGGGCGGAGAUGGACAUGGUGGCCUGGGGCGUGGACCUGGCCUCCGUGGAGCAGCACAUCGACAGCCACAGGAGCAUCCACAAUGCCAUCGGGGACUACCGCUGGCAGCUGGACAAGAUCAAAGCCGACCUGCGGGAGAAAUCUGCCAUCUACCAGUUGGAGGAGGAGUAUGAAAACCUGCUGAAAGCGUCCUUCGAGAGGAUGGAUCACCUGCGGCAGCUGCAGAACAUCAUCCAGGCCACGUCCCGAGAGAUCAUGUGGAUCAAUGACUGCGAGGAGGAGGAGCUUCUGUACGACUGGAGUGACCGCAACACCAACAUCGCCCAGAAGCAGGAGGCCUUCUCUAUACGCAUGAGCCAACUGGAGGUUAAGGAAAAAGAGCUCAAUAAACUUAAACAAGAAAGUGACCAGCUUGUCCUCAAUCAGCAUCCGGCUUCAGACAAAAUUGAGGCCUAUAUGGACACUCUUCAGACUCAGUGGAGCUGGAUUCUUCAGAUCACCAAGUGCAUUGACGUUCACCUCAAAGAAAACGCUGCCUACUUUCAGUUCUUUGAAGAGGCCCAGUCAACCGAAGCCUACCUGAAAGGCCUUCAGGACUCCAUCAGAAAGAAAUACCCCUGUGACAAGAACAUGCCCCUGCAGCGCCUGCUGGACCAGAUCAAGGAGCUGGAGAAAGAACGAGAGAAAAUCCUUGAAUACAAGCGUCAGGUACAGAACUUGGUCAACAAGUCCAAGAAGAUUGUGCAGCUGAAACCACGGAACCCGGACUAUAGGAGCAACAAACCCAUUAUUCUCAGGGCUCUCUGUGACUACAAACAAGAUCAGAAAAUCGUGCACAAAGGGGACGAGUGCAUCCUGAAGGACAAUAAUGAGCGCAGCAAGUGGUAUGUGACCGGUCCCGGAGGCGUGGACAUGCUCGUCCCUUCCGUUGGUCUGAUCAUCCCUCCUCCAAACCCUCUGGCUGUAGACCUCUCGUGCAAGAUCGAGCAGUACUACGAGGCCAUCUUGGCUCUGUGGAACCAGCUAUACAUCAACAUGAAGAGCCUGGUGUCCUGGCACUACUGCAUGAUUGACAUCGAGAAAAUCAGGGCCAUGACCAUCGCCAAGCUGAAAACCAUGCGGCAGGAAGAUUACAUGAAGACAAUAUCUGACCUUGAGCUGCAUUACCAAGAGUUCAUCAGAAACAGCCAGGGCUCAGAGAUGUUUGGAGAUGAUGACAAACGGAAGAUGCAGUCUCAGUUCACGGACGCCCAGAAGCACUACCAGACCCUGGUGAUCCAGCUCCCUGGCCACCCCCAGCACCAGACAGUAACCACCACUGAAAUCACUCAUACUUCCUGCCAAGAUCUCAACCAUAAUAAAGUGAUCGAAACCAACCGAGAAAAUGACAAGCAAGAAACAUGGCUGCUGAUGGAGCUCCAGAAGAUUCGCAGGCAGAUGGAGCACUGUGAGGGCAGAAUGACCCUUAAAAACAUGCUCCUAGCAGACCAGGGGUCUACGCACCACAUCACAGUGAAAAUAAAUGAGCUGAAGAGUGUGCAGAACGAUUCUCAAGCAAUUGCUGAGGUUCUCAACCAGCUGAAAGACAUGCUAGCGAACUUCAGAGGUUCGGAAAAAUACUGCUACUUACAGAAUGAGAUAUUCGGGCUGUUCCAGAAACUGGAAAAUAUCAAUGGUGUGACAGAUGGCUACUUAAACAGCUUAUGCACAGUGAGAGCUCUACUCCAGGCUAUCCUGCAGACAGAAGACAUGUUGAAGGUGUACGAAGCCAGACUCACCGAAGAGGAAACCGUGUGCCUGGAUCUGGAUAAAGUGGAAGCUUACCGCUGUGGACUGAAGAAAAUCAAAAAUGACUUGAACUUGAAGAAGUCCUUGCUGGCCACCAUGAAGACAGAGCUGCAGAAAGCACAGCAGAUCCACUCCCAGACCUCACAGCAGUAUCCACUCUAUGACCUGGAUCUGGGCAAGUUCAGUGACAAAGUCACACAGCUGACAGACCGCUGGCAAAAAAUAGAUAAACAGAUAGACUACAGACUGUGGGACCUCGAGAAACAAAUCAAGCAACUGAGGAAUUACCGUGAUAACUAUCAGGCUUUCUGCAAGUGGCUCUAUGAUGCUAAACGCCGCCAGGAUGCCUUGGAAUCCAUGAAGUUUGGUGACUCCAACACAGUCAUGCGAUUUUUGAAUGAGCAGAAGAACUUGCAUAAUGAAAUAUGUGGGAAACGAGACAAAUCAGAAGAAGUGCAAAAAAUUGCCGAACUUUGUGCUAAUUCAAUUAAGGAUUAUGAACUCCAGCUGGCAUCAUACACCUCAGGCUUGGAAACUCUCCUGAACAUACCUAUCAAGAGAACCAUGGUCCAGUCUCCCUCUGGGGUGAUUCUGCAAGAGGCUGCAGAUAUCCACGCUCGGUACAUAGAACUACUUACAAGGUCUGGAGACUACUAUAGAUUCUUAAGUGAGAUGCUGAAGAGUUUGGAAGAUCUGAAGCUGAAAAAUACCAAGAUCGAAGUUUUGGAAGAGGAGCUCAGGUUGGCCCGGGAUGCCAACUCUGAAAACUGCAACAAGAACAAAUUCCUGGAUCAGAACCUGCAGAAAUACCAGGCGGAAUGUUCCCAGUUCAAAGCCAAGCUCGUGAGCUUGGAGGAGCUGAAGAGGCAAGCGGAGCUGGAUGGAAAGUCCGCGAAGCAAAACCUGGACAAGUGCUACGGUCAAAUAAAAGAGCUGAAUGAGAAGAUCACUCGGCUGACUUACGAGAUUGAAGACGAGAAGCGGAGGAGGAAGGCGGUGGAAGACAGGUUUGACCAGCAGAAGAGUGACUAUGACCAGCUGCAGAAGGCCAGGCAGUGUGAGAAGGAGAGCCUGGGCUGGCAGAAGAUGGAGUCUGAGAAAGCCAUCAAGGAGAAGGAGUACGAGAUAGAGAGGUUGAGGGUUCUUCUGCAGGAGGAGGGCGCCCGGAAGAGAGAAUAUGAAAAUGAGCUGGCAAAGGUAAGAAACCACUAUAAUGAGGAGAUGAGUAAUUUAAGGAACAAGUAUGAAACAGAGAUUAACAUUACGAAGACCACCAUCAAGGAGAUCUCCAUGCAGAAGGAGGACGAUUCCAAAAACCUGAGGAACCAGCUUGACCGCCUCUCGAGGGAAAACCGCGACCUGAAGGAUGAGAUCGUCCGGCUCAACGACAGCAUCCUGCAGACCACGGAGCAGCGGCGGCGGGCGGAGGAGGACGCCCUGCAGCAGAAAGCCUGCGGCUCCGAGAUGCUGCAGAAGAAGCAGCACCUGGAGCUGGAGCUGAAGCAGGUCCUCCAGCAGCGCUCCGAGGACAACGCUCGACACAAGCAGUCCCUGGAGGAGGCGGCGAAGACCAUCCAGGACAAGAACAAGGAGAUCGAGAGACUCAAAGCCGAGUUUCAGGAGGAGGCCAAGCGCCGCUGGGAGUAUGAGAAUGAACUGGCAAAGGUAAGGAACAGUUACGAUGAGGAGAUCAUCAGCUUGAAGAACCAGUUCGAGACGGAGAUCAACAUCACCAAGACCACCAUCCACCAGCUCACCAUGCAGAAGGAGGAGGACACCAGCGGCUACCGAGCCCAGAUUGACGCCCUCACCCGGGAGAACCGGAGCCUGUCCGAGGAGGUGAAGCGGCUGAAGGACACGCUGGCCCAGACCACGGAGACGCUCCGGAGGGUGGAGGAGAGCGCCCAGCAGCAGAAGGCCACCGGCACCGAGGUGUCGCAGAGGAAGCAGCAGCUGGAGAUCGAGCUGCGCCAGGUCACCCAGAUGCGCACGGAGGAGAGCCUGCGCUACAAGCAGUCUCUCGACGAUGCCGCCAAGACGAUCCAGGACAAAAACAAGGAGAUAGAAAGGCUCAAACAGCUGAUCGACUCAGAAACCAGCGCACGGAAGUGCCUGGAGGAGGAGAACGCGAAGCUGCAGAGGACCCAGUAUGAGCUGCAGAAAGCCAACAGCAGCGCCGCCGAGACUAUCGGGAAGCUGAAGCUGCAGGAGCAGGAGCUCUCGCGGCUGCGGAUCGACUACGAGAGGGUGUCCCAGGAGAGGAGCGUAAAGGACCAGGACAUCUCGCGGUUCCAGAGCUCCCUGAAGGACCUGCAGCUGCAGAAGCAGAAGGUGGAAGACGAGCUGGCCCGGCUGCGGAGGACCGCCUGCGAGGACUCGUCCAAGAGGAAGAAGCUGGAGGAGGAGCUGGAAGGCAUGAGGCGGUCCCUGAAGGAGCAGGCGAUCAAGAUCACCAGCCUGACGCAGCAGCUGGAGCAGGCGUCCAUCGUGAAGAAACGCAGCGAGGACGACCUGCGGCAGCAGAGGGACGUGCUGGAGGGCCACCUGCGGGACAAGCAGCGGACGCAGGAGGAGCUGAGAAGGCUCUCCGGCGAGGUGGAGGCCCUCCGGCGGCAGCUGCUCCAGGAGCAGGACAACGUCAAGCAGGCUCACCUGAGGAACGAGCACUUCCAGAAGGCGAUCGAGGACAAGAGCCGGAGCUUGAACGAGAGCAAAAUCGAAAUCGAGAGGCUGCAGUCUCUCACGGAGAACCUGACCAAGGAGCACCUGAUGCUGGAGGAGGAGCUUCGGAACCUGCGGCUGGAGUACGACGACCUCAGGAGGAGCCGGAGCGAGGCGGACAGCGACAAAAACACUACCAUCUCCGAGCUCCGGAGCCAGCUCCAGCUGAGCAACAGCCGGACCCUGGAGCUGCAGGGGCUCAUUAAUGAUUUACAGAGAGAGAGGGAAAAUUUGAGACAGGAAAUUGAGAAAUUCCAAAAGCAGGCUUUAGAGGCAUCGAACAGGAUUCAGGAAUCCAAGAACCAGUGCACUCAGGUGGUGCAGGAAAGGGAGAGCCUUCUGGUGAAGAUCAAAGUUCUGGAGCAGGACAAGAGCCGUCUGCAGAGGCUGGAGGAUGAGCUCAACCGCCUGAAAACAGCGCUGGAGGCGGAAAGCAGGCUGAAGCAGCGCCUGGAGUGCGAGAAGCAGCAGAUCCAGAAUGACCUCAACCAGUGGAAAACCCAGUACUCCCGCAAGGAAGAGACCAUUAGGAAGAUCGAGUCGGAGAGAGAAAAGAGCGAGAGGGAGAAGAACAGCUUCCGGAGCGAGAUCGAGAGACUGCAGGCCGAGAUCAAGAGGAUCGAGGAGCGGUACAGGCGCAAGCUGGAGGACUCCACCAGGGAGACGCAGUCGCAGCUGGAAACGGAGCGCUCCCGCCUUCAGAGGGAGAUCGACAGGCUCAAGCAGCGUCCCUACGGCUCCCACCGAGAGACCCAGACUGAGUACGAGUGGACCGUCGACUCCUCCAAGCUGGUGUUCGAUGGACUGAGGAAGAAGGUGACGGCCAUGCAGCUCUACGAGUGCCAACUGAUUGACAAAACAACCUUGGACAAACUGUUGAAGGGGAAGAAGUCCGUGGAAGAGGUUGCCUCUGAAAUCCAACCUUUCCUUCGGGGUGCGGGAGCCAUCGCCGGAGCAUCUGCUUCCCCGAAGGAGAAGUAUUCCCUGGUGGAGGCCAAGAGGAAGAAGUUAAUCACCCCAGAAUCCACAGUCAUGCUCCUGGAGGCCCAGGCAGCUACAGGCGGUAUAAUCGACCCCCACAGGAACGAGAAGCUGACUGUGGACAACGCCAUCGCUCGGGACCUCAUCGACUUCGAUGACCGCCAGCAGAUAUACACAGCAGAGAAAGCCAUCACUGGUUUUGACGACCCGUUCUCCGGCAAGACGGUCUCUGUUUCGGAAGCCAUCAAGAAAAACCUGAUCGACAGAGAAACCGGAAUGCGCCUGCUGGAAGCCCAGAUUGCUUCAGGGGGUGUGGUGGACCCCGUGAAUAGUGUCUUUUUGCCAAAAGAUGUAGCGUUGGCCCGUGGGCUGAUUGACAGAGAUUUGUAUCGGUCCCUGAAUGAUCCCCGAGAUAGUCAGAAAAACUUUGUGGAUCCAGUCACCAAAAAGAAAGUCAGUUACAUGCAACUGAGGGAACGCUGCAGAAUCGAACCACACACGGGGCUGCUCUUGCUGUCGGUACAGAAGAGAAGUAUGUCCUUCCAAGGAAUCAGACAACAGGUGACCGUCUCUGAGCUGGUGGAUUCCGGUAUACUGAGACCAUCCACUGUAAACGAACUGGAAUCAGGUCAGAUUUCCUAUGAUGAGGUUGGCGAGAGAAUUAAAGACUUCCUUCAGGGUUCAAGUUGCAUAGCAGGCAUAUACAAUGAGACCACGAAGCAGAAGCUUGGCAUUUAUGAGGCCAUGAAGAUUGGCUUGGUCCGACCUGGUACUGCCCUGGAGUUGCUGGAAGCCCAAGCAGCCACUGGCUUUAUAGUGGAUCCUGUCAGCAACUUGCGGUUACCGGUGGAGGAAGCCUACAAAAGAGGCCUGGUGGGUAUUGAGUUCAAAGAGAAGCUCCUGUCUGCAGAACGAGCCGUCACUGGGUACAAUGAUCCCGAAACAGGAAACAUUAUCUCUUUGUUCCAAGCCAUGAACAAGGAACUCAUUGAAAAGGGCCACGGCAUCCGUUUAUUGGAAGCACAGAUCGCGACGGGCGGCAUCAUCGACCCGAAGGAGAGCCAUCGUUUGCCGGUUGACAUGGCCUACAAGAGGGGCUACUUUAAUGAGGAGCUCAGUGAGAUUCUGUCAGAUCCAAGUGAUGAUACGAAAGGGUUUUUUGACCCCAACACCGAAGAGAAUCUUACGUAUCUGCAGCUGAAAGAACGGUGCAUCAAGGAUGAGGAGACAGGGCUCUGUCUCCUGCCCCUGAAGGAGAAGAAGAAGGAGGUGCAGACGUCACAGAAGAACACUCUGAGGAAGCGUAGAGUGGUCAUUGUUGACCCAGAGACCAACAAGGAGAUGUCCGUUCAGGAGGCCUACAAGAAGGGCCUGAUAGAUUAUGAAACUUUCAGAGAACUGUGUGAGCAGGAGUGUGAGUGGGAAGAAAUAACCAUCACUGGAUCGGAUGGCUCCACCAGGGUGGUCCUGGUCGACAGGAAGACAGGCAGUCAAUAUGAUAUCCAAGACGCCAUUGACAAGGGCCUCAUUGACAGGAAGUUCUUCGAUCAGUACCGAUCCGGCAGCCUCAGCCUCACUCAGUUUGCUGAUAUGAUCUCCUUGAAAAACGGUGUUGGCAACAGCAGUGGGAUAGGGGGUGGUGUCAGCGAUGAGGUUUUCAGCAACUCCCGACAUGAGUCAGUGAGUAAGAUUUCCACCGUCUCCAGUGUCAGGAACAUAACCAUCCGGAGCAGCUCUCUGUCUGACCCGCUGGAAGAAUCGAGCCCCAUUGCAGCCAUCUUUGACACAGAAAACUUGGAGAAGAUCUCCAUCACGGAAGGAAUCGAGCGGGGCAUCGUCGACAGCAUCACGGGUCAGAGGCUUCUGGAGGCGCAGGCCUGCACGGGCGGCAUCAUCCACCCAACCAGCGGUCAGAAGCUGUCACUUCAGGACGCAGUCUCCCAGGGCCUGAUCGACCAAGAUAUGGCCACCAGGCUGAAGCCCGCUCAGAAAGCCUUCAUCGGCUUUGAAGGUGUGAAGGGAAAGAAGAAGAUGUCAGCCGCAGAGGCAGUCAAAGAAAAAUGGCUCCCCUACGAGGCAGGUCAGCGCUUCCUGGAGUUCCAGUACCUCACUGGGGGCCUUGUUGACCCGGAAGUGCAUGGGAGGAUAAGCACGGAAGAAGCCAUCAGGAAGGGGUUCAUCGACGGCAGAGCCGCUCAGAGGCUGCAGGACACCAGCAGCUAUGCCAAAAUCCUGACCUGCCCCAAAACCAAAUUAAAAAUAUCCUAUAAGGAUGCCAUGAAUCGCUCCAUGGUGGAAGAUAUCACUGGCCUUCGCCUUCUGGAGGCUGCCUCUGUUUCAUCUAAGGGCUUGCCUAGCCCCUAUAACAUGUCUUCUGCCCCAGGCUCCCGCUCUGGAUCCCGCUCCGGCUCUCGCUCUGGAUCCCGCUCUGGCUCUCGCUCUGGUUCCCGCAGUGGGUCCCGGAGAGGAAGCUUUGAUGCGACCGGGAAUUCCUCCUACUCUUACUCCUACUCCUUCAGCAGUAGCUCUAUUGGGCACUAGUAGUCAGUUACUUGCUAUUUUCUUGGGUUCGUUUACGUGAAUGUUCACUUUAUUAAAUACUUUACUAGAAGAAGACCUAGUGCUUGCAGUAUAGUGAUAGAACUUUCUGUGAUUCUGAGAUAUAACCCUGGUUGAAAUCAAGUAGUAAAGGCUGUUCUGGCUUUUUAUCUUCUUAGCUCACCCGAAGUACGUAAUAUGCUGAGUGUAGUACGUAUGAUGUGGUAAUCAGUUGUAAGGAUAGCACAAAUUGAAUCUAGAGUUUGUUCCUUCCGUGUUUAGAUUUUUGAUUGAUGCUUGUACUCUUUUAGCCUAUAGUAUGUAUUUCUGUUCUUGGAGAUGAAAUUACGCUGAUCAUGGUUAUUUUAGUCCUCAUUCUGUUUCAUCUAAAUGCUUCCAUUUUUCUGUAUUAGGAGAAAAUUACCCCUCCCAUUCUCCCUAGAAUACUCCACCGCAAACCCAAACAUUUUGGAAUAAGUCUCCUUUAGUUUUAGAUUGUGGAUUGUGUAACCUAUAUGCUCUUAAAUGCACCCAUUUGGUUUGGCAUUAAUUUGACUAUACGUGCAUGAUAGCAGCAAUCUUUGCUUCUCUUUGGCCAAAGUUUUCUGUUUAUUUUGCUCGUCAUUUACUAUGUACUUUAAAAAGGUGUCUUUAUGAAGUUUGCUAUUCUGGCAAUAAACUUUUAGACUUUUGAA